GAGUGCGCGCACAAAUAUUGUUCGUGCUACUAAGUAAAUCCGUCUACUUGUGUUUUGAAAAUGGGUCGCUGGUGGAACCUUUUCACUUGUGCGCUUUGUUUCCGCUCGAGUGUCAAGUCAAGUUGAACACAAUCAUGUUCGGCACAGGAAUUUUUUUUUCUCCUCACGUGAAAAUAAAAUGAAGAAAAUUGCACUUGUCCUUAUUUAGGCUGGCGUUCUGUCCGCUUUAAAGGCGCUCGUCGCAUGCCGCCGUCACGGAGGCUCACGUUAGCUUGUUAGCACAGCUCGGCGCAGGUAUGCUAAUGAUCAUGCUACAUGCUACAUGCUACGUGUCCAGCCGUCGAGGAGAAAACGAGGACGCCGCGGCCGACGCGAGCGAGGCUUGCCCGGGAAGGAAGAAAAGUUGGAAUGAAGUCCGAUUAAAUGUGACACGUCGUCAGCAUGCCGGACACUGCGGGCGUUAGCGUUGUUCUUUCGAAAAAACUUGUCAACUUUUUAAGAAGCAUGAUGAUGUUUUCAUCGAGGAGGAAACCUGUGCUGUACUUUAAGGAGGAGAGAAGGUCCGCGUGGGGCCGCUGUUCCGUGUACAAGCUGUUCGGGCUCUGCGUGCUGCUGCUGAUGUCGUCGCUGCUGUGGCUGCAGCUCGGCUGCUCGUCCGACACGCGGCGCCGCGGCGCCGGCCUCCCCCGGCAGCCGGACCCCCCGCCCCCGCCGUGCCGCCCCGAGAGCCGCCCGCCGGACGAGGCGUCGUGGGGUCCCCACAAGCUGGCGCUGGUGGUGCCCUUCCGGGAGCGCUUCGACGAGCUGCUGGUCUUCGUGCCCUUCAUGCACGACUUCCUCAACAAGAAGAAGAUCAAGCACCAGAUCCUCGUCGUCAACCAGGUGGACCACUUCAGGUUCAACCGAGCGUCCCUGAUCAACGUGGGCUACCUGGAGAGCGCCAACGACACGGACUACCUGGCCAUGCACGACGUGGACCUGCUGCCCCUCAACGAGGCGCUGGACUACGGCUUCCCCGCCGACGGACCCUUCCACGUGGCCUCCCCGGACCUGCACCCCCUUUACCACUACAAGACCUACGUGGGCGGGAUCCUGCUGCUCACCAAGAAACACUACCACAUGUGUAACGGGAUGUCCAAUCGUUUCUGGGGCUGGGGCCGCGAGGACGACGAGUUUUACCGCCGUCUGAGGAAGGCCGACUUACAGCUGUUCCGGCCCAGCGGGAUCGGCACGGGAUACGGGACGUUCCGGCACGUGCACGACCCCGCCUGGCGCAAGCGCGACCAGAAGCGCGUGGCGGCCCAGAAGCAGGAGCAGUUCAAAGUGGAUCCUGAAGGGGGCCUCAGCAACCUGCGCUACCGUGUGGAGUCCCGCCAGGAGCUGACUGUAGGGGGCGCUCCGUGCGUCGUCAUCAACACCAGGCUGGAGUGCGACCCGGACGAGACGCCCUGGUGCCUCCUGGGGUAGGACGCGCACGCGGCCUUUCUCGGGGAAAGCCGGACGCGGGCACACUUUGCCCGUGUUGGGCCUCACUCCGUGCCCGCUUUUUGGGGGGCAGAGGGGUUUUCGGCUCCAAUUUAGGAGAAGGUCCAGAUGGAGAACAUUUUUGGGAGGCGAAAGAGCCGGAAGAUCAUCAAAUGUCGAUUUUAUAUUUAAGUAGCCUAGUCGUCGUAUCGACAUGUGUUGAAAUGUAUUUAAUACGAUUCCAAAACAUUUUGACAUUUGCUUUUGUCAAGUACCACCAAACUCAACAAAGAUGUCGGACUGCUGAUCUCGAUAAGUUGUGCUCAUAAGUUGACCAACCCCUGGCGGGAGUUGGUUUUUUUCAAUAUGACUGGACAAGGAUUAUUUGGUUGACUAUGGUUUUGACUUAGUUUAUUUGAACCCCAAAUCAAUGUUUUACCUGAUAAUUCAGGUUUUCUUCCAAAUUCUGCUCAGGCAUUCAAACUUACGAGCACAACUUUCUCUUCGGAAAUCAAAGUAGGGCUGCGUUUCAAAAUAAGAGCGGGUCAAUAAAAAGCCAGGAGAAGAAGAAGACAUCCCUGUACGGUGAGAAAAGACGAUUUGAUUCAUCGGUUCGACGAGGGAUUCGGGACCGUUGCGAAUCAUUCGUUCGGCUUCCCGACUCCCGAAUCCCUUCGAAGGGAUUUUGAGUAAACUUUCGAGCAACGAUCUAGGUCCGCCCUAAAUCAAUGCGUACACUCAAAUCGACUGUAUAGCCAACGACCGAUUCCCACCGACACGGGCCCCAAUUGAGUGUCAGAGCGGCGAGCGGCAUCCGCUGCCCCAGAACGUGUGCGGGCGGGCAGGGAAGCAGCGCCCCCAGCUGGCAGACAUUCUCGCCUUCCCGCUGCUACCAAUUCUCAACGUGGAAACCGAUGGGCCAAGGGAGGCCCGGGGGCCACAUUUUUACUUUUAGUUUCUUCUCAUUUGUCACAUGAAAUGCUUUUCAAAAUUGAUUUAUUGUAAAUAGAAAAUGAACAAUUGAAGUACAAAUCAGAUAGUUCACAUGUUUUAGAUGAAUUGUAAUUAAAAAUCAGAUUGAAACCGA